AUGCCUGCGGCCGUCACACCACCCCUUUCCUUUGCUCCCCUCAAGGACACUGUCGUCUUCUCGCCCUUGAAGCUCGGCAAGCUGAACUUGAAGCACCGCAUUGUGCAGGCCCCCAAUACCCGCAUGAGGAGCGACAUUGAGUCCCGUGGAGUCUAUGUCCCUGGUCCUCGGGUAGCCAAAUACUACAGCGACCGCUCCAGUGAUGGUGGACUCCAGAUCACUGAAGCAACCGACAUUUGCCUCAAUGCUAGCGCUUAUCCUGGUGUCCCUGGUGUCUUCACCGACUCUCAAUUACAAGGAUGGAAGAAGGUAACUGACGCCGUCCAUGCCAAGGGUGGCCAUAUCUUCACUCAGUUGUGGCACACUGGCCGAGCAUCUUGCAGUGCUCAACGCGGUGGUGAGAGGGCUGUCUCUUCUGGUGAACAGCCCAUGCCUGGCACAUACCUCGAUGGUACUGAGACCAAGGACGACCCUCCCCGUGCUUUAACAGUGGAUGAGAUCCACAGCAUCACUGCCGAGUGGGCCGAGGCCGCAAAGCGAGCCGUAAAUGUCGCUGGAUUUGACGGUAUCGAGAUUCAUGGCGCAAACGGUUACCUUCUUGAGCAGUUCCUACACGACAACAUCAACACCCGGACCGACGAGUAUGGUGGCUCCAUCGAGAACCGCUGCAGAUUCCUCCUUGAGGUUCUCAAGGCUUGCACUGAUGCCAUCGGCGCGGACAAGGUCGGCCUUCGACUGUCACCAUACAACUAUUUCCAGGGCACCAGGGACAGCAAUCCUAAUGCUCACUGGUCUUAUCUUUGCGGCGAAAUUGCUAGCCUUCGUGACCAACAAAAGCCUGUUUACGUACACAUGAUCGAGCCCCGCUUCGAUGAGGUUCUCGACGAGCAGCAGAAGCUCGCUGCCCUUGCUAAUGGCAAGUCGAGAGAUCUCCAGGCCGUUGAUGGUAUAGCUCUUGAAGCUGGCAAGCAGGCCAACUCACUUAACAUCUUCCGCAACAUCCUCCAGCCUUCCGGAAUUCUCUUCCUGGCUUGUGGUAACUUUAACCGUGAUAACGCUCCCAAUAAGAUCAAGAGCCAAGAGGCCGAUCUUGUCGCCAUGGGCAGACAUUUCAUCGCUAACCCCGAUUUGGCUGAUCGUCUACAAAACGGAUGGCCUCUUAACCCUUACGACCGUACCACAUUCUACGGUGCUGACCCACCGGAGAAGGGUUACAACGACUACCCCUUCUAUAAGGCUGGCCAAGAAGUGGAGAGCAAGGCAUGA